UAUUAAAAGACUUAAUAAAACAGUCAUUUCUCAACAUUCUAUAACCAGAUAACGUCCUCUCCUGUUUGUCGUAUGUUGCUGAUUCAGGCGUCGUAUUGCUUACCGCCAAAAAUAGAUUUCGAACCUGGCCAGGUUUCCAGCGGGGUAUGAUCCAAUUGGGUUAUUAAUAACAAAAGGGUUUGUAAUUAACUACACAAGUAUCUGUGGCCAGGCUGACAACUUUCGUGUUUUGUCAUUCACUCUGUUUGCUCUGAACGCUUGUCCUACAUCCGCUCGUAUUUAAGAGGUAUUAUUCCGUCAGUGUAAAUUCCAUUAGCACCUUGUGUUUUCGUUAAUCUCUCAGCGCAGGAUUAAGCGUUUUGUUUAGAAGUUGCAGCGCUUCGGCAGACGGAAACAAACGUGUUUUCACGUCGUGCCAGACGCAACACGCUUCGCCAGGAUGGCUGUCCUAAUUUUUCUUCUCGCGUUUUGGACUUUUUCGUGCGUGGACGCGGAUGGAAAAGCCUCAACAAGUGCCGAGUUUUAUGUUGACGAUCCAUCAAUCGAAAAUCCAGAUCGCCUGCCUGUAGUAGACGAUCGACCCGGCGUUUUUAACAUGACCGCUCGGGAAGCCCUAAAAGCCAUCGAAGAAGUCCACAAUGGAAGCGUCGAUUGCAAAACUAUGCUCGCUGAACGAGACUUAAAACUUCUGUUUUUUAAGUACGAGAAUAGUGUUUAUACACAGCAAGCAAACCUCGCUAUCCGCACAGCCAACUUGAUCUCUGAUCUGCUGCCGACGGGGUCCUCAAAAGCAUUGAACCUGUCAGGGGAAUCAGUGCUGAGACGACACGAAGAGGUCUUGUACUCUAUUGUUAGGAACAAUUUAGAAAACGACCCUAUUAUCGUGGGAUCCGCUAUCAUUUUUGACAACAACAGCUAUGUAGAUUAUUCGUUUUACGCUCCGUACGCCUACCGUAAUUCCGACGACCCGUUUAUCAAAGUGACAGAUUUAUCCGCGAACUGGAGCUAUCUUCACGAAGCCUUUGUCAAGUUGAUGCGGAUUAAAUUACAUAACCGGACUUUUCCGAUUCGGUCAACUUACUUCUAUUCGCGGAGCAGGAGCGAAACAGAGCUUAAAAUGACACAUUAUUUUGUGGAGUCUAAGGAUGGUCUCUGGAGCAGGCCGUAUUUUGAAUGCACAACAGCGAGAGCGUGGCUGAUUACCUAUACAUCGCCAAUAUUGGGCAACUGGGACAAGAAUGGACCAAUAUCUUUCAUGUAAGUGCCAACCAAGUUUAUGGGCAAGGAAAUAUUUCUUAUCUUUGUCUUAAAGUAAAGGGACAAAGGUUGAAAAAUACCAAUUUAGAUUUAAAAUGUCACAAAAAGGAGCUUCAAAUGGGGUCAGGGCUGAUUUAAAGAGGUUUGGCCUAAUUUCCCCCAUUUGAUAUUUAACAGUAAGUAGAAGGUUCUUAAACACACGCGGGAAGGAGACUUUGUUUUGACAACCAAGCCUUAGUUUGUGGGCAUACAAAACUUUUGUACUGAGAUUUCUCUUCCACGAACCUCACUUGUAUAAAAGGGCCAAAAUUAACUGAAAAUUUAAGGUAAGUCCCAAUUUUAAUUGUUUUCAUCCCUAAUUACUGAAAAACAAAUGUUCCUGUGUAAAGUCUGAAAAACUGCUGCCUAAAGAGACCGGAUUUUAUACAAAUGGUGAUACCGUAUCGUAGGAUUUCGUCUAGACAGUCGAAACUUUGCUACUUUUCUAUGUAAUUACCCUGGGAAGAAGCGAGAGAAUGUUUUGUGAUUAUUGUUAAGGUUUCGAGCGUCUGUUUGAAGAAAAAAAAAAUGCAAACUAGUUGCCGAGUUUAUUUAUUCUAUGAACUAGUUAAUCAAUAAGUCUAGACAGAAUUGGGUUAAAUAAUUAAAUAGAGACCUUGGUUUUGUAUUGAUCAAGUGCCGCCUAUGUGGGAAUUUAAACAACUGCAAUUAUAGAAGAAAAAUGCAGUCUACUCGCCUUUACCAAGUUCUCCAGACUGACUUCUCCGUAUAUCUCUUUAAGGCCGGAAUUUCACAAAAGAUCAAGGGAUUUUCCCUUUUAUGAUGAUUUUAUUAGUUGCCAUACCCUAUGUUUUGAUAUUGCAAGGAGAAAGUUAGUGUUGGUCACUCCUGGCUCAAACACAAUAAACGCCAAAUUAAUUGAAAUGACACUGUGGUGGUCAUACUAUUUCCUUUUUGCUCUAAUUAGAAAGAAUGAUUGAGUUCUAACUUUUGAGUCUGCGGAUGAAAUCUAAGGAAGCCUCUUCCGUGGUACUUUCACAUGGUACUAUUUAUUUAGUAUGUAGUUCUAACUUUUGAGUCUGUGGAUGAAAUCCUAUGAUGUUACAAUUCAAAUGAAACCUCUUCAGCAGUACUUUCACAUGGUACUAUUUAUUUAGUAUGUAGUUCUAUCUUUUGAGUCUGUGGAUGAAAUCCUGCGGUGUGACCAUUCAAAUGAAAUCUCUUCAGCUGUACUUUUACAUAAUACUACUCAUUCAGUAUGCAAGUCUGACUUUUCGGCCUGCUGACGAAAUGCUGACCAUUCAGAUGAAAUCUCUUUGACAGUUCUUUCACAUGGGCUAAUUUAGACAUUUUGUCAAAUGUAGACUUUUGCUUCUUUGGGGAGAGGAAAGGAAAUAAGUAAACGUGCCUCCAUUUUAUGUAUAAUAACAAAAAAAACUAUUUUCUUAGUCACCUCUGCCAGUAACUCAGUAAACGUCACUGCCAUUUAUUCACCAGGCCCAGGCUGUUCAAACGCAGGUGUUGGAUAGCGCUAUCCAUCGGAUAAUUCCCUAGUGGAAGAAUAUUAUGGGCCCGGAACCAAUUACGUUAUCCAGUAGAUAGAGAUUUAUGUAGUAGAUAGCGUUGUCCAUCUUUUGAACAACAGGGUCCAGGUAAAUUUGUAUUAAAUGUACCAUCAUUUAUACCACUGAUCAAAUGGUUAUCACCCUUGCGGCAAUAUAUAAUUUGUAAAACUACGUAGUAAUCAGUGCUCUGAUGCAGAGUAUAUGGCUGAAUUCGUUUGUCUAAUUUGAAGUAUUGGCUUCUUCUACUAGUACAUUAACCACUAAAAAUACGCAACUGUGAAUGUAUUUCGUCUUCUUAAUAGUCUGUUUCUGGUUUUUUUUUAAGGGGUAUGACUACAAUCGACAUAGCUUUGACGAAUGUGGAUAUUAAUCAGUGCGAUAGAUCCUCCAGUGGCCAGUUCCAGUUCGAAAUUUUUGCGGGCACUCACCGCUGUAAAAAUGAAACUACACAGGUAAAAUACUAGCCAGAGAAAUCUGCCGACAUCUUGCGACACCCGACACCACGCCACUAGUUUCCCCGCGAAAUGGCGUCUGAGAAACAAGCGCAGAAAUUCCAUUCUGAUGACUUGUCACUACCCAGAUCUGGGUGUCUGGGAUCUUCACGUAUAAGGACGAAAAACCAUAGGACCCGUCUCACAGCACUACUGGUUAUUGUUGGACUCAAAAGAACCCACACCACUGUUCAAAAAGAGUAGGGAACGUAGACCCCUGUUGUGUGGCCAACCUUUCCUUGUCUGGGUGGGUUAUUUGUAAGGAGAGAUCUUAAUAUAGGGAUUACCUCUUGAACCUCCUUCAGAUGCGGUAAUGGCUACCUGUAAACAGUGUAUGUACUGGAGCAAGGGUGGCGCAGUGGUGAGAGCACUCGCCUCCCACCAGUGUGGCCCGGGUUUGAAUCCUGGCGUCGACGCCAUAUGUGGGUUGAGUUUGCUGUUGGUUCUCUCCCUUGUUCCGAGAGGUUUUUCUCCGGAUACUCCGGUUUUCCCCUCUCCUUAAAAACCAAUACUUUCAAAUUCAAUUCGAUCUGGAACGCACGGACAUUUUUCAACGAGUUCUUAUGAACUCCUUAGUGGUCCGUGGGUAAAACAAAUUACAGUUUUACAAUUUACAAUUUUAUGAAAUUCGAAACGCACUUCCGGUACUUAGUUGAGUCCGUUGAGGGCCCAGAACGUCGCAGACGUUACUAACCGAAGGUUAAAAAGUACAUCUGCGACGCAGGCUAUCAAACUGGAGACCCCAAAAAAUACUAACAGCCUGCAGGGAUUUGUCACGCAACGCGUGACCUGGUUAUGCCCAUUGAGUAGACGUUGACAAAAAGUGGAGAAAGGUGCUCCCUUUACUGACUAAAUCUAUGCGUUUUACUGUUGCAGUGUGAGUUUGUUAGCGGGCUCGGUUUCCGAGCUGGCUCCUACAAGUGCGUGUGCAGGCCUGGGUACUUCUUCCCCAACGUUACAGACAAAGACAAGUACUUCAACGGAUCUGAAAUCGAGGCUCAAGCCGCCAACAGUAAAACAUCGUAUCACUCAAAUCCAGACUCCUUUAAGUGUCUGAAGUGUCAACCCGGAUGCGACACGUGCGUGGACGAUUCACCAUGUAUCGUGACAUUAAGUUGGCCUCUGAGACAAGCUCUAAUGGGAUUAACAGUUCUCACCAUUUUAUCCGCUUUCGGCAUGAUGAUCUUUGUUAUCUACGUUCGCGAGCUGAAGGUAAGAUGACGUCUCUUAGUAUUUCAGUUCUUAGGAACUAUUCAAGUCCUGGGGCUCGUUUUUUUUUUAAGUCAUGGUUUUAGCCCCAUGUAAAGGAAUCCGAAUUCCGGAAUCGGGGUAAUUUUUGUGGAUCUGGAAUCCAGGAAAGUGAGUCGUGGAAUCCGAAAUUCUGGGCUUUGGAAUCCCGAAUACCACUCAAGGAAUCCGGAAUCCCACUAACGAUUGGAAUCCGGAAUUCAGGUUCCACUGAUAAAGAAUCCACAAUCCAGUACUUGGGAUUCGGAACCCACGGUGUGGAAUCCAGAAUCCCCAGACUGUCUUGGAUUUCCUUUUAAUAUAUAGGGCGAUAUGUUCACACCUUAUAGGGUAGCUCUUGCGCCGGCCUGGAAACCAUACCGGAUAAGGCCUCCGUUCACACAUACAAACGGUCUCGAAAGUGUCGCUCCAUGUAAGGAAAUCCAGAUUCCCGAGUCCUAGAAAUCAUUGCUUGAGGAAUCCGGAAUCUGGGAAACUUUUUCUUGAGGUUCCGAAAUCUGAGGCUUUGGAAUCUGGAAUACGGCUCGAGGGAUCCCGAAUCCCAUUAACGAUUGGAAUCUGGAAUCCAAAUUCCACCGACAAAGUCCGGAAUCCAGUACUUGGAAUCCGGAAUCGACAGCGUGGAAUCCAGAAUCCAACACUGUCUUGGAUUUCCUUACAUGGGGCGAAAAGUGGAGCGUCAUAUAUCGGAUAGGUUCUGUAAAGUGUGAUCCGCCUAGACGAGUCACUCUUUUGGCCAAGCCAACAUUUUAUCGUUUUUUUGUUUGUUUGUUUUUUAUUUUUCUGAUGUAAGCGGUUUGCCACGUUUCGUUAGGCAAUCUAUGAAAAUUUGGCUCACCAGGGUAGCGGGUGACCCUUCUACCCCGAAUACGUUUCUGGGGAACUGCCCACCUAACCCUCCCCUAAGACAACAUUUUGUCCUAAGCGAGACAGACAUAGAACAGCAAACAUGGAUUAGCGAAAUACACAAUGAUGAACGAAAGGACCCGCAUCAAAAAACAAACUAAGAACUUUUAGGAAAUUUAAACGUGCCCAUGACUACGAAAAUUACCUCACAAAUGUAAGAAACAUCAAUCAAUAGAGUGGCAAUCACAAAGCUAAGAUUAAGCAACCACAAACUAGCAAUUGAAACUAGACGAUACGUUAAACCCUAUCAACCACCAGACCAAAGAAUCUGUCCAUUAUGUAAAACUGGAAUAGAGGACGAGGAGCAUUUUUUGAUGAAUUGCAUAGCCCAUAGGGAUCCUAGGAGAGAGCUGUUCAAUACGCUAAAAAGGGAAACUAAUCUUAUUCUUGACUCUAUGACUCCAAGCUCUGCCUUUGCAACGUUGAUAAGUAUGAAGCAAGGAGAAAAAACGUAAAAAUUGUGGCUAAGUACGUAUAUGAUCGCUUCCGCGAAAGAGAUAGACGCGUUAAAUAUAACCUUGUUUAAUAGUUGUAUAAAUUUUACAAAUGUACACCUCUGUAAUUAUUGCACGAAAAUCUUUGUUGUCGUUGUAAACACAUGUGUUUGUAGGCGCUCUGUUGUUAAUAAAGCACUUAUCCUAUCCUAUCCUAUCCUAAGUGAGAGGUAGGUGUUAAUGUUGGCUUAGGGAGGGGUAGGUGGACAGUUUCCCAGAAACAUAUAAUGAUCCUGUUGGGAUCCCCAACAAAGUUUCCUCCAUAAAAACGGGCCUUUAAAGGCAUAAUCUCAGAAGCCAGUUAUUCUCAGUUUUAUUUUAAUGCAUUUUUUCCCUCAGGUUGUAAAGACAUCCAGUCCACAUUUCCUAGUUAUCAUUCUAGUGGGAUGCAUCUUGCAAUACUGCGAGGUUAGUUGUACUAAAAGCAAUCGAAGAAAUUGGCAAUUGUCUAGAUUUAUCAUGUUUUUAUUUUUUAAAAAAAUGGCAUUUGAGGCUUGCAAUUGUGAAGAAAGCCAAAAGGGUGAAACAUUCCGGGCAAACGAAGGCAUUCCAUCUGACCAAUCAAAAAGAUGCGCGUGAAUUUAUUCUUGUCGUGAUGUAAGCAUUGCAAACCAUUAUUCAUCUUUCUGCAGGUGAUAUUCAAGUGAAUCUGUAUGCAAAAGUUACGUCUAACUGUUCAAACCAUUUACAGGAUCUAGCUCAAAGAAGACAAUCGUUGAGUCGAACUACCGUAAAAUUCCGAAAAUAAGCCCCGGGGCUUAUAUUUUUCAAAGCCCCUUUUUGAGGGGCUUAUUUUCGGAGUGGCUUAUGUACGGAAGGAAAUUUGCGUUUCAAAAUCGAUUGGGCUAGCUUGUAUUGGGAAGGAAAUGUACCUUUUUUGCUUUGUUUUACUUUGUAUUCGAGGGCAAAUUCCAAGUACAAGCCCCCGUGGGGGCUUAUAUUCGGAGGGGCGAUUUAACGGAGGGUUUUUUGCGUUACGAUUUUGGGGGGCUUAUAUUUGGGGGGGCUUAAUACAUGGAGGGGCUUAUUUUCGGAAUUUUACUGUAUUUGUUGAGGAUAUUGGCGACUUGAUGCUAUGCAACAAUAAACUUAAAGGGGCUUUGUCUCGAGGAUAUUGCUGUUUUAGGUCAAAUCUGAGCUGAAGACACUCCUUAGCGCCAUCACCCAUGCACAAAAUUCCCGCCCGUUUAGAGUUAUCAAAAACAAAAAAGGUAUCAAACGAAUUUUACCAGGGAGCACCAUCCCCUGAAUUCGUUGUAGGCAUAGAAUAAAAGUUGGGCGAACUUUUUCAGGUUUCAAUCCAUGUCCAUUCUUGCAAUCCACAUCAACAGACCACAGAAAACAGUUUUAAUGCCUAAAUAGAGUUAAAAUAACAAAACUGGACAAUUAUAUUUUGAAUUUCAUGAUGCAAAGACACCUUAAAGCGUUUUUUAAGAGAUAGCAAACAGCGUAAAAUAGCCCCUUCCCCCUUAAGGGCUUGUGCUGUUCCGGGAGUGGGUGGGGUACUCUGUAUGAUGGCCUAUAAGGGGAGGCUCCGGGUAUCUUUUUCAAGCUUCAGGUAUAUGAAAGGGUAGGGAUUUCACUACUUGAAGUAUAUAAAAGGGUAGGGAAAUCGGUCAUUUGGGUUUGUGAAAGAGCCAAAAGGGCUCACAGAUUAAUUGUAUGGCUUUGAAAAGUCGCGAAAACGUUCUAUUUUUGUGAUUGAUUCCGAUUUAAAAGACAGUGCAGUUAAAAGGGAAGCAAACUUCUAAACAAGGUAUGUGAAAGGGGCACCAUUUUUCAAUAGAAGGUAUACGAAAGGGGUACCUUUUUCGUGAAAAAAAAUGAUAUAAAAAAUGGUAAGUGGUUGGACCUCGGGGCGGAGUCUCCCCGUAUAAACAUUUGUCGAGUGCCCCCCGGGGGGUGCUGUUGGUGUACAUAAAUGACAACCUGUUUUGUUGUUGUUGUUGUUGUUGUUGUUUGUUUCUUCAGAUUAUUGUCGAAUACCCAAAACCAAAGAAUACAUUGUGCAUCGUUCGACUGUGGUUUCGACAUAUUGGAUUCGGUCUGGCCUUUACGUCUCUUCUACUGAAAACAUGGAGGUUCGUCUGAGUGGUGUGCUGAUCAUUGAUUAUAAUCGACCAUUGAUCAAAGCCCUUAAGCAACGCGAUAAUCGAUCAUGAACUGAAAUGUUUAAAUGCAUUUAAAUGCAAUUUAAAGGAGUUAACAACUAAGAGCGCCUGGGUGCCUAGGUCAGCGGUCUUUGGCAUGCGCAUGCCCGAUGUCUGGCUACAUCGAUCAUGUGAUUCUUUGGCGCGUUCAGUUUUCCCUUCGUGCUGGGUUCUGUCGGCCAUUUUCUUCUCCUCCCGCCCUCCCCCUAGGCUUGUUGGGUUUUUCCCCACUGAUGUUUUUUCAGUGUGACGGGUGCCUGUUCCUUUCCUUGGUGUGGGGGCUCAUGGCUGGGUUGCGCUGUUGUGCCAGUCAUGGGGCUGGCUGCCAAUAGUGGAAGCCCCUGGAUACUUCAGGCACCCAACCUCCAUUUUAGCGAUGCAGUUGUUAAUCGUUUAUUGCGGGGAAAACUUGUGUGUUGUCUUUUAAAUGGACCGCACCUAUUCAUUGAUGGCCCUUUCAUGAUAUGGUUCGUACCUUCUUGACGAAAGCAACGAAACAUGAAGUGACCAUGCUUAUAAUUCCCUCUGUUGGUUUGUUGUUUUGUUUAUUUUUUUGGUGUAUUAUGUGAAACUCUACUUUGACUUCCACGCGGGUUAAAAAUAAAGGUUUUUUGUUUCGAUCAUAAUCGAUGAUCGUUUGGUUGGGUCAAUCCGAUUAUUUCUGAUGUAGGGGAUAAUUUCGUACCUCCAAGCGGCCACAAACACCAACGAAAUACGAAACCAUUUCACUUUGAUAUUUUUUUGUACUAAAAGUCGCGAUUUAUUGUGUAAUUAUAGUAACAGUGUUCUUUUGACGUUGUGAAGAUAUAAUAUUGGGGACUUUGAGCAAGUCGCUACGGAGACCUUUUCUACGGCGGUAGUGGAUCUGGAGUCCUGGCACUGCGACGCUCAAAAAGUGACAAUGGGGUUCUUCAGCGCACAUGCUUUCGCUAUUAGUAAAACGCAGAGAAGACGUAAUUAGUGGAAAACCAGAAGCGUCAAAUACUUUCUUUAUAAAUUUGAAAAACAAUCUAUGAUAGGAUUUAAAACCAGAGCUUGUAAAAAAUACGAGAAGACUUUCAUCAUACUCAUGUAGUACCGACUACGCCACAAGACAGGUCUUCACGUUGUAGGAUUUGGCGCUACGGCGAAAGGUCAUUUCCAAGCUGCGCAGUGCGUCAUUUUUGGUCUCUUUUACUUCCGGCCGCCGUUGUAGAGGGCACCAUGGCGAUUUGCUUUAAGUCCCUAUUUUCGCGAAAGCUCACUUGGUAUUUCAUUGGUGUUAAUAAAAUAAGAUUGAUUAUUAGAUCUUCGUGAAUUCCCGACACUUGAGGUUCGAAUUAUUUGUUUUUAUAUCCUUGCUCUAUCAUGGAAUAAUCCAUUGUUCUAUGGGAACUUUUUGCAUUUGCAGGAUCUCGGUGAUUUUCCGCGUCAAGUCUGCACAGAAGAUAAAACUCACCGACCGCCAUCUCCUUCAACGCCUCGCUCCCAUUCUGGCGCUGUAUGUAGUCUACUUGCUGGCAUGGUCGCUAGCAGGGCCAAGUCACGUGAUUGAAAUGGAGAUGCCUGGAGAUCUUAAGUUUGACGAGUGUUCUAUCGACUGGUGGGACCACGCCAUACUAAUUUGUAAGUGUUUUUUUUUCUGGGAAAGUUUGACUUAAGGCCUUUUUACGUGGCGUUGGGGGACCCCAGGAAGUGGGUAACCCGCGUGUCCAUAGCAAUCUCUCAUGGUCACCCCACCUAUCAUCUAAACGUUAUCAAAUUAAAAUGAGAGAUUAUAUGGACAGGCGAGUUGCAAUUGGAUCUGGACUGGUUCCCUUAGGGCGACAGGCGGAAAAGCGCAAAGAGCUUUCUUUCGCUUUUCCCAAUUUGCUCGCAACUUAGAAACCUACAAAGCGAUGAGAUGUAGGGUUGUUAUUUUCAAUUUUGCGUCGCUGUUUUAUCUCUGUAGAGAAUAAGUUUAGUAUAUAAAUUUAGCCAGUGCUUAAAGCGAGGGUCUCGAGGAUUUAUAGUUUGCUCAAACAAAAUAUAAAAUCGUGUAAUGCUAAGCGGCCAAGGCAACGAGCUUAGCCUGCUUUGCAGGCUACACAGAACCGUGCAAUAUUUCCGCUCAGUUUACGCGAAACUGAGGAACCAGGUUGAAUUUUUUUUUUCAGUUUUACCAUCUGCCCAUGCGCAGCGCGCUACUAAAGUAAAUCCAAAAUGGCGUUGUCCAGCUGAGUUAACAAGCAUCCAUGCAACCACUCCUUUACCGUACAAAAUGUUAAACGUUCAUGGUGUUCACAUUGCGCCGAUUAAAUUUGCUUUUCGACUUUGGCGUUCAAAUUAUUUGAACAGCUAGGCGCCCAAAUUUUCGCACGGUUAGAUGUUUGACUGAACUGAACGUUUGAAGUUAGCUGCUACGUCUGACUAUUUGAAUUUUAUGUUACCUCCCCAAAUUAUGCUUUAACACCGCCUUAUUAUUCUGGGUUCGGGGUGGAGCAGAAAUCAGGCAAAGGAGUUCAAUCUUAUUUGUGUCAUUUAAAUUAGUAAUGUUUAUUCAUAAAGUUGAUACAAUAUUUUCAACUUUCUAUGCAGUUUGCGAGUUAAUUAUCGGGCCGGUGCUGCUCAAAUUUCAUGUUUUUAUAUGUUGUCUGGUUAUUUAAUUCCUAGUUGAAAUCAUGUUCUUGUUUUGGGGAAUCCACUUGUGUUAUAACGUGAGGAAAGCUCCGUCAGCGUUCAAUGAAAGCAAGUUCAUCAGCUGGUCCAUCUACAAUCUCACUGUGGUGACAUGUUUUCUGAAGAUCACCAGGUACCAUUCUUUGUUCUUAGGGACGGACCAUUAGAAAACUUAUGUGGGGGGGGGGGAGCGGGCGAAGUACCCCAAAAAAAUUCGUGCAAGGAAAAAUGAAAUGACAAAAAAUUCGUGCACGCCAAUUAAUCCUAAAAAAUAUUCAUGCGAUGGCCUAAAAAAAUCGAACAAGGAAAUUGGUAACGAAAAAAAAUUCCUACGGCUCGAAAAAUCCCCUCCAACACCCCCCAUAACUUUUCUAAUGGUCCGUCCCUUAGCUUUCCGAGUUGCCCCAAGCCUCUGUUUCAAAGCGAGGCUAAAAGCGAAACUAUUGAAAUAUAACUCAUUGUCACAAGAAAGGUUUUGCAUUUAGCCUCGUUUUGAAAGUGAGAAAUUUUGGAACUCGGAAUUUUAAAUAGACAAUUACUGUAGAUGCAAAGGUUACUAACACUGAUCCGAAAUCGCGCAGAGAUGUCGUCGUAUGAUAACCCUUGCAAUCAUUAUACUUUUUGGAGACUACUGGUCACAAUCAAAUGUGACCAGAUGAACGUUUAGCGUCCGUUUUUUAGGGGUUUGGUGGAGUGGGCGAAAACAGUUUGCGUGUCAGGAUUUAAUAUAUAAAUAUAUGUAAUGAAGGGAAGCAAUCAGAGAGCAGCGAUCGAGAUAAAUAAAUAUAUAAUGAUCUUGAGGUAGCACAUCCACAAAAUGAUUCUCCGUGUACCUGAUUCCUGGUCGAAUUUGAAUUUGGAAAUGUUGGUUUUUGAGGAGAGGGGAAAACCGGAGAACCCGGAGAAAAACCUCUCGGAGCAAAGGAGAGAAACAACAACAGACCCAACCUAAAUAUGGCGUCGACGCCGGGAACUGAACUCAGACCACAUUGGUGGGAGAGGAGCGUUCUCACCACUGGGCCAUUCCUUGCUCCCCAAACACAGAGAGAUGACUGAAGGUUGCUAUCCACCGACGCGUUUUUCGCCACGCACAUUAACGCACGUAAAUUGUAAUCACGUAAAUAAAAUAGAGGCAAGAUAAAAAGUGCUGAGCUUAAACGAGAGGUUAAGCGAGGUUCAACUUUUACGCUUACGAGCGAACUUUCAUGCAUUGCCUCUAUUUUAUUUGCCAACUUAAGUUUUACGCACGUAGCACGUACAAAUUACGCCACACUGGAAAUCAACCCUUGAAUGAAGGGAUGACUUAGCCGUGGUUUAAAGGAAAAGCUUCAUAUUCUCUUUCACCUUGCACGCCCCCUGUACGUUUUCUCCGCCUUCUGCGUCAAUCUUUCUGCCAAAGUGAGAGGAUCAGGAAGGCAAGUAAGCAAAAAUUAAGAGGCUUAAGUAGGCGGUGUUGCUAUUUUGAUAGUGUUUUAUAGUAUUGAGAAUACUAACGUGUCAGUUGAAUGCUGUUGUGAAGCGCUACCUUGCUCAGAUUUCUUUCCGUGGUACUUACUCAUUGUGGUUUUAAGAGCAUAGUCCAUUCAAGCAUUUACUGUUCUCACGCCACCACUGACCAAUAAGAGGUACUCACGACAUCUUUCGAUAACCUCUAGCAACAGUGCGCACACGAACUUUAUUAUAUAACUACGAAUACUUAAAAGCGGCCGCAAAGAAGAAAGAUGUAUUUCUUGCCCUUACGUUACGAGCGCUUGUUCAAUCGGCCUACAAAAUCUAGCUCCAUUUUACGAACGCCGGGUGAUUUAGCGAGUAACGAUAGGGAUUAUCGUAUUUGUCAUAUGAACUUGAGUUGCUCAUGUUUACCAAUUUGAAUUUUCACUGUGAAUUAAAGAAAAUAAAACAAAUCAGGUACAACACUUUCAUAGAACUAAUCAUCGAACAGAAAGGUAGCAAGCCUUAAGGGUAUAAUUAGUCGACAUUACGUUUCUUCGUAAUUCAACAACUUCUCUCCUUUUUUAUUUUAUUUUUGGAACAAACAUAUCUUAACGUAUUGGCCAAAGAAAAAAAAGACUAUGUAUUUAGAUAUUGUGGUCAAAACAUGCAUACACUUUGUUUUAGUAUCGAUUGUUUCCCCGCCGAAAUGAGGACUUUAAGUAUUUUUUGUGCUUGCCACUCUCUCAUGCUUAAUUUUAGAUAAAGUGAUACUAGUAUUUAUGAAGUGCUGCAUUAUAUUGAUUGUAAUACUUUGUAACAUGUUGCGAAGGUAAUAGCCUUCGAUAUUUCGCUACUGUUUCAUUCAAAGAAAAGAACAGUUAUGGUUAGAUUUCCUACUUCAUUGUCCAGGUGGGGCCAAAACGGCUUGAUAGUUUAUCUGCAAAAGUAAAAACAAAUUUUAAAGUAAAUUCAAAGUAACUACAGUGCAAUACUUUAGUUAAAUUCCUGCAUAAGCUUCCACUUAGAACAUAUCUCCAACCACAUAUCCCGUGACGCAGGGGUAUGAGCUUAUCACGUGAAAUUGCGAAAUAUGAGAAAUAUGAGCUCCGGCACGUAGUUUCGGCUGAAUAUCUGCGCUGAUUCUAAUGGUAGAAACUGAGCUCACAAGAGAUUAACAAUGUGCGUCAUAAAAAUUAUUAAAAGAAACCUUUAAAAAAAAACUGUCCCCCAUGAUUGCUAUGAGGGGUCAAGAGCCCGGCUUUGUUUUGAUUAAAUUCCUGUACGAAACGCCGGUCAAAACUUAUUCCACAUACGCUUGGAAGUAAAGGCAGAGGUUUAGUGUACGAACGCUUCACUGCAAAAUCUUUGAGGUACGCCCUCAGUUUCCUUCCACACGUAGCUUCAAUUUCUUUCCGAGUCAAUUGCUUGAAACUAGCUUCAUCCUCUUGCUACAAUUAAGAUAGUUCUAACAACAUAUAACAAAUUUAACCGCAAUCUGCGUCAUCAAGGACACUUGUCACGACAUACGGUUGUAAGAGGUCAAGUAUUGUUCAAGUGUCUUAAAUUACUAUGUUGCGCUUACUAACAUCCUAUGUAAACUCCCAGUCGUAGAAGACCACGACACCCGCCGGCCAGAUGCUUAUUUCUGGUAUAAGCUCCCAUGCGAGAUAAGCAGUAUUAUUAUAUUGCUUGUCGGCAUGUAGUUUUUGCUCUGUGUCUGAGCUGAGACCAACGGUGCAUUGUAAUAAUAGCCCUCAAUGCAAGGUUUGAAAAUCAAAAAAAUAUUUUCGUGUCACUUUGAUUUGAACCGCCGUGAAUGACGGCUAUGGAGGUCGUGUAUUAACAAGUGACAUCUCUUUUGAGAAGCACGAAAACUAAACUUCCUGAUUGUUUCCCCUUUGAGAAUGGUCCCCUAUUUUUUUCUUUGUUGCUUCUGUCUUUCUUUUACUCCAUCCUAUAGAUAAUACAUUAGUUGUACAAUAUUAAUUAGUACAAGGUUGUUUAAACUACGUGUACAUUAGAAAAAAAAAAAGAAAAACAAAAAAUAGAAUGGACAAGGGCACAUUAUAGUAAAACUAAUUAUGGCCCGUUAACAAGAUUGACUUUAUUCUAUUACAGCUUUGUUAUUCAUUAAAACACCAAAAAGGCAACAAAUAACACCAAACUAGCCAGCUUCAAAAGACGCGGCCAUCAUCAUCAUAAUAUUAUUGUUAUUGUUAUUUAUUUCAUACUGUGUUGGAACACGCAAGAAAUACAGGCGAACGUGACUACCAAACUCGUUAAGGCAAAGACUGUGAAGUUCUUAUUUUAAAAUGCAUGACUUCUGGUCCCGUUUUUACACGUGGCUUUGCUGCGGGCGAGCGUUUUUGAGACAGCACACCGAUUCUAAAUUUAGCCAAAAGACCCAAAGUUUUAUCGGAUGUGAUACGCACUUGUUGUCAUUAAGUAGUUACGUGUCGUGGUAACGUAAAAACGUGACCCCAGAGUUACCAACAUACACUUCACUAAGAAGCUAUCCAUGCAUGCGCACAUGCCUUGUAGUCUGUGGGUUUCAAGUAGAAGAACGCAGAUGACAGUGAUACAAAGUCAUGGUAAAUGCCCUUUUUGUCAAAAGUUUUUUGCGGUUUCCUUCGAAGUUGUGUCAGUCGCUUUAAACUGAGUGUUAAGUUUUGCGCAUAAACCUAUUUUCAAUUGAUUAUGUUUUGAAAGCAUCUAGCCUGCAGAGCAGACUCGCCCCAACUCUCUGUCAGUUUUCACGACCAAGAUGGUAGGAGAACAUUUAUGGUAUCAUCUUUCUCACUGCAAAAUACGCCUACUUUGCAGGCUAGAAAGCAUCCAACUUUUCCACUCAGUCUUUAGUUCAAGUUGCCGCCUUAAAAAUGGAGAAUUAAACAAAAACGAAAAACGAAAAAAAUCGUGGAACGGACUACCAAAUCAUUUUACUUGACGUCUUUUAGUCAAAUUUUCUGGUUUGUCCAGACAACACCGCUCAGCAGGUCUUGUACUUUAACCCCUUAAAGUCCCAAUAGUGACCAACAUCAAUUUUCUCCUAACAAUAUCCAUAUGUUGCCAAGAGGAAUGGUUAUGAGAGUUGAUAAAAUGAUCACUAAAGAAAAAAUGCUUUGAUCUGCUAUUAAACUCUCUCAACUAAUUCUUUAAAGAAAUGUAUGAAGAUCAGUAUGGAGAAUUUAUAUGUGGACAUUGGGGCGUAAAGGGUUAACAAGAAAAUUCGGUACCUUUGGAUUUAAGUGGUCCUUAGGAUUUAUCCACAGACUCUACAGCAUAGUAAACAGCGCCUCAGGAACAAGCACGAGUGUCGUGGCCUUACUGAAGAUGUUAACCCCUGAAAUAUCUAUUUUCGUCAAAGUAAUUAAGGAACUUUUGGGGCAUUUGAUUCAUAAAGUAAACAACUUUUGGGGCUAUUUGAUUCAGUGACACCGUAGCUAGUAAAGGCCAAAACUCGCCUCGGUAAAAUUUUUUUUGCCGAUCAUUUUUAUUUUUAAGCGAUCAUCGGGCCUCUCAGAAACGAUUUCGUGGCCAAAAUAUAACUCAAAAUUUUCGCCGUAUUAAUAUGAAAACGCAGAAAACGCUGCAAAUGCAUUUUGAGACUAAAGUUCAAAAUUUCUGGGGGAUUGAACGCCCCUGUCUUUGCCUCAGUUGGACCAUACGGCAACAGCAUAAACAAACAAGGGAAACAUUGCGUUGCUUAUUUUCACCACACCUGUUACCACACUUUGGAAUUGUGGCUUGACAAACGUGUCGCUAUUGACAAAGGAAAAACGGAUAGAGUGCUUCCUCUCUGCCUUUUUCCUUUGUCGUGGGGUGGGGGAGGGUGCGGCUACACAUAGGCUAAGCGGGAGAAAUAGUAUUGCCACAAGUCGACCUCGCCAAUUUCACAGCAGAAAAGCUGUAAGGCGAGCGAAGCGAGCUUAUUAGGCGGCCGAGUGAUCACUGAACGAAGUCGCAAGAGGUCUCUCGCAGCCAUAGUAAAUAGGACGACGGACUUAUUCGAAAGCUUCAGAAAGGAACCUCACCAUAGGUAGUUUACUUUUUUUAUUAUUUGAUAAUUGUGCGGGCUUAAUCAUUUGAUAAUUAUGCAGGCUUAAUCUUUCUUCCCACAGGAAAGCAAAACUGAAAGAAUGACGUACACCCCGUUCGUCAAAUUUUGCUAUUUACCUGUACAAUUCUUUAUUGACACUCCCCUUCCUUGGGGAGUUUCAGUGGUAAUAUCUUAGGCGAAGUUUUUUUAUUAAGAUUGUAUAUCGCUGUAAGAGAAAUGUUCCGUUUCGGAAAAAAAUGGCUGUUUUUUUUUUUUAUUAUUAUUAAAUAAUUGUUCUUUGCCCUUCUUUCCUCACGUGUCUCUUGUUCUAUGAGCUCUUUAUUUCACUUCUUCUUAAGUGUAAUUUCCUUGUCUUGCACGCGUCCCUUGACCCUCCUUCUAGUCUGUCUGUUGUUUUUCUACCGGUUCGCGGUUGGUGAACAUUCCUUGGAUUUUUUUAUAGAACUUUUUGGCCGUGUCAUGGACGUUAUUUUUUGCCUCCAUAUGUAAAUGUGAGCUUAUAGUUUCCUUUUUAUCAGAAAAGGGAAGGGAGCGCUUCCCACAUCGAUGAAACCUACGUCAUCUGUUUUUUCCUCUUAGCUUGAUCACGAUGACGAAUCUCCCUGGCAUUAUUGUUUUGUUAUUUCCUCCCGUUUUAAUAUUUAAUAUUUUUUGUAUUACCUUACUGCCUGUCUCAGUUUCCUUUGCGUAUUACUUCUCACUCCCGAAUAAACUGAAGAUUCAACAAAAUUUCCAAACAAACAAACAAACAAAAAGUACCAAAUGAAACUAAGUGAGUAGUAAUCAAUAGAUGAAAGUUCGCAUAUAUUAAGGUUUACGAUUAAGGAGCAAAAACCAGAAAAGAGAGGGUAGAAAUAAACUAAGCAAGAGAAAGACCAGUUUAUGUCAAACAAUUCAAGGUGAUGAGAUGGAACAAGUCAACGUGAACCCAAUGGUUCACUGGUUACGACAACAGUAUUAAUAGUAAUUUAUGUUUGUCGUUACGACAGCAAUGCAGUUUUUAAGUUUAAAACAGGUUAUUGAAAAUAUUUCAACAUAUUACCUAGAAGCAUCCUGAUACUCAGAUAUCUCUAAAAAAAAGCUUUUAGCUCUGACUAGGCCUUGGUUUUAAAAUAGUUAGAUGUUUCUAUAAGAAAAAGAAUGUGGAUUCUUCUUUGAGGCGGACACAUCAAUUGUAACACGUCUGGAAAAUCCAAUAUCUACAAAUUUCCCUCAUUACAAUAUGGGCUCCAUUAUCUGAUCAGAAUAGCAACGCAGAGCAUUGACCACCUGAAAGUAACAGACGUAGCUAGACUUAAAAUCUGGACAUUAGUUCUGAGUUCUCAAUAGUGCUUGCUUCCAGAUAUCUACAAAUUGCUAACGGUUACUCGGAUUAAUUAGUUCACAGACGUCGAUGGGAUCCCAGCAGGUUGGGUUCAUAUUCUGGACUUCGACUUCGCCUCUGAGUGAAUCAUGUCGCCCAUGUUCAUUUAACCAUAGCACAGCAUUAAUUCUCUGUUUUUCUUGUUCGCGAGUGUUAAAGUACGUUCUCAAUGUCUCAAUCUUGUGCGUAGUCACCCCCAAUUGCAAUUCGAAGGGGACAGACCUUUAAUUGAUUGUUGCUCUGCAAAACAGUUCAUAGAUCUUUCCAUCAUCUUUUCUUCAAUUGAUGUUAAACAGCUCUUAACCCGUAGUUCGAGGAGGCCUAACCUCUCAUAAGCUCCUAUAGUUUCUGUUAGGUCUCCUCGCCACUUCUUUUUUUCUACUUUUCCUAUAUUUUUUGUAAUUAUUGUGUGGCAAAUAAAAUAAAAUAAAUAAUAAAUAAAUACCCUCUAACUUUAGUAACUGCUCACUAGUAGGGUGUAAGAUGCUAAAAAUGCUUACAAUAAUCUAACAUUUUUUGAAGGAUUCACCCACAAUUUGAGCACACUCGCUGACAGGACAUAAUACUAAGGGUAGCAACUUAAAAUACGUGAAAUCAUUAUCUUUACUUUUACUGAAAAAGGUCACGUGAACACAAAAAAAUGCUUGUCAACUAAGGUUAAAAUACAAAGAUGUCAAAUGUAAGAGGUUGUGCGAACUUAACUUCCAGUAACGCACUUCUAAGCUGGGGGUUGUAGUGCAAUUGUAGGUGUGUAUGUGUGAUCUGCCUAUAGGCAGGUCCUUCCUUAUAGUUGCUGGUCCGAAGGCGCGCCUCAUGACCGCUACGUAAGGGUCCCCAUCCUUCACUUUAUCCACCAUUCCCGCUCGAGGUCUGCCCGAAUAAAUGAAGUUUUAAACUUUUUAAGCCUUAUAAACAACUGGUACCAUCUGAGUAUCUGAGUUCUUCAGCACCGUUAGUUACUUAGUCGCAUGUGAAGUUUAUAUAAAAUAGUUGUUGCAAAAGGCAAAAUGUCGUGAUCUCUUCACAAAUUCUCCUCAGUAAACCCAAAGAAGUAAAUACAAAACACUGUAUGACAAAUAUACGGGUUGUUAGAGGGAUUUUGUACUUCUACCUAUUGCCCUAGGUCUAUGAAGAGUGUAGCCCACAAGCUUCGAAACCAGUUUUUUCGAAUAUUUGAACACGUCAGAUUGGAGUCCGUCCACUGUUUCUUCCUUAACACUUUUGCUUUAAUAGAUGUCUUCAAUGCAUUAAGAUUUUUUUCCCGUUUUUGACUGUUAUUUUUGGUUUAGACCAUGGGGAGCUUAUGUAACGUAAGGUUAUGUUAUGUAACUAAAGGUUACCACGGAUACUGAGUUUCUUUUGACGUACUUUGUUGUUAGCUCGUUCGCUUUCAAACAAUGAACAUUUACAGCAUUCUUCUUAAGAUAUUUUCAUUCAGACGACCUUCUCUAAAAUAGCUUGAAGUUUUGAAAUUCUAGACGUUAUUUUUGCCUUGCCUAUUUUGCACUUGGCAACGUUAUCCGACGUGCGUCACUAGGCCAAUAUCAGCCGUUGCUAUUUCAGUAUUUUCUUCUACGAUUACCACAAGAAAAUUCCCAAAUUUCAUUUUGGACAAUAUCGAAUAAACGAGUACAACUAAGAUGAAGGGCUGCCGAAGAGGUUGUAUUUGAAUGGUUACGCUAGAGGGUUCCGUCCACAGACUAGAAGGUCGUAGAUAAUAUUAUUUACGUGUCCCCGUGAUUAACUUUCAAAGUUUAAAAGAAUUUAUAAUAAGUGCGGUUUCCCUGAGGGCCCCCGAUGUGCGUGUUAGGUUUAAUUUAACGUUCUUUUAUAUGUUGAGUACAGUUUGCCUUGACGAAGUGAUUGUAUUUUAGUAUACGUCACGGCUUGGACCGAACGUUCUCGAGAACACGCGAUGCCGUCGUACUUUUUGGAAACGCUGUUUCGGUUUUUACCCCAAUCCAUCGCCGAACACCCAACCCCGUGAUUUCUUAUCGAUUUACGGAGAAUAUUUACAGCAACCGCGGUCCACAAUGGGUCAUGUAAUCCUCAAUAUUAAAACCAACAAUGAAAACAUAAUGCUCUUUAAAUAGACUCAGUGGGUUGGAUCAUUGAUUAGUGCCGCUUUGAUUGUUUUUCGAGAAAACACGCACGCCUCCUGACGAGGCAAAUGCUGACAGCCAAACUUGAUAUAUUCUUCAGCAUACCUUUACUUCCUCCUUACUACAUCACUUUUUUUUCGCUUGCUGGCGUAUUUUUAGGCAAGACUCAAAGGCGUGACCUACAUUGAAGCAAGACCGGUCCGUCGAUGUGCGUGAUAUACUUAUCAAUACCGAAUGUGACAUCGACGACAGUUGAUGCGUAUCAGUCUCACCGGGGAAUUAUCUACGUCAUGACAAAUUACUGUCUUAUAGCCCACUCGCUUUGAAGUGUUAUUUCGUAAGCUGGCCACGUUCAGUGUGGAAUAAGUUGCACAACUCAAGCAGCUAUACAUGUAUUUCGCUUUCGCGCGUUCACACAAACUUCUCGCGUAACUUUAAAAACGAAAAUUGUCUCCGAGGUUUCAUUUCUUCUCUAUUUCGGCAUUUAUGGUGCAUAUGGGAAAGGUAAGUUUUUUUGCGUUUUCUUCUUUCUUCUUCUCUGCUGUGAAAUUAUAUCAUCAGGCAAGUUUGGGUAUUCUUAUGGUUUUUUACUUCAUCCCCUUUAUUCCAAAACUUAGUAAGUCCACAAAAGACGUUCGAUGCCGUCGGAGAUGAAAAGUUCUCCAUGUGGCUCAGAUGGUAUUAAUUCCAUUUGCGGUCACUCUAUUUUCAGCGUAUUUUGACAGCAUAUGUCCCUCUUAGUGUACGGUUCCAACAAAAAAAAUCGACUCGAUGAUGUGUAAAUUCAUUUCCACUCUAACAUGAAUGUGCUUUCAGCUGUUGUUAUUUUGAAGUCAUUUUCAAGAUCGAUGAACAUUGAAUGAAGUAUUAUUUUAACUUCUAUAAGGAGCUUGAGUAGUUCAGUUGAAUAUUGGCUGGUUUGUAUAGAUAACUCUGUUUUCCUUGCGUGACCUUUCGUCUAGAAGAGGUUUGCGCGAAUUUGAUAACUCCUCCUUGAAUUAAGAAUCGAUAUGAUUAACAAAAAAAUCCCGCUUUUACACAUUAGCAACAGAAACUGUGCAUAAAUUCAGCUCUGACAACGGAAAGUGACGUCAUUUCAAGGCAAACACGUCUGUCUCCCUUAGUUAAUUAUUAAAUGCCGUCCAGCAAUAUAUAGAGGGUGAUCUGAAGCAAUUGAGCUACAAACACAGCCAAAAGCGAUCGGGUGAGAGCCAUGGAUACAGAACACGAUGCUUUUUUACGGCGGCAAACUGAUUGUUAAUGCUAUUUCAGUAAUCGCGAUGUUUCCCUCUUUAGAUGAGAGAGUGUUUUAAGCGUGGUAUAAUGGGAUGUCUACCAUCAAAGAAACGGGAUGAAGAAAAUACCUCGAGCGAUACAAGCUCGACAGCGCAAAGAGUAGAUCCCAACCGCAAGGAUGCCUCGAAGAAACAUGAAAAAUCGGUUCUCGCGCCGACGAUUCAAAUGGUGAACGAAGAUACAUUAAAACUUCUUAAGGAACUCGGCGAACUGAAGGUUUUUCAGACAGCGAACAAUGCCGAUCAUAAAAGAAAUAUCGACCUCCAUCAGGACAUAAUCCUCGCACUAGAAAAUCCCACCAAAGGAAGUAACGCGGUCACGUCGCUAUCAAGUGCAACAGAAAGCAAUAUGAAAUGAACAGAGUUUCGAAUUCAUGCUGAAGGGCAAACACUGCGAAAUAUACACCAGAUGGAGAAAUUUAUUCAAACCCGCUAUAGGAAUCGCUUAGUAGUUGUUGAAUAAAUUGAAAGCUAGCGGACACGCUGCCAUGGGGCAAUUUCUUCGACUCCACUCUUCUCUGGUUUUGUGGAUGUUAAGUGGGUUUUAUGGCCAGGUUUCUGCGGCUGCUACAAUUGGUGGUGCAUUUUGACUCGGGGGAUUUAUCGCCUGGCGAGAAAACGCAGCAGAUGAAAAAGAACCAAGCUUCGAUCGUUGUGAAAACUGAAAAAAGAUUGUAGCGAGGACAGGAAAAAGGCACAUGCAUGAUACCUCUAGCCAAACUGCCGACUCACUCAAACCAACAUCACUAAUGUUCUUUUUAUCGGCGUGAAGAUUAAAAAAGAACAAGAAAAAAAAAAUGAAAACAGAAAUCUACGAGUCAUACGAAAGUGAAGGUGGAGGUCGGUUCUUUGCCCCAGUUCAAAUUGACAGUUAUAAACAUGGUGAAAUUUAAGAGUGAAUUUAUUUAAUAGCAGAAGAACAUUGUUUGAAUUUUCAAGAAAUGUCUCUGUAUGGAUGGCCUUGCCACCGGUGGAAGAAAUUCCUGAUGUAAAUAGAUCUUGGUGUUAUUAAUAUUCAUACAGUGUAAUGUAGAAUUCUAUUUUCUUUAAACAAACAGACAAUGUAUGUUCAUUCAUUCGUUUUAGAAUUCAAGUCCUUCGUGAAUCGAUGCUGCUUACCAUUGCUAACUGUAUAUACCCAAUUCGGCGAACCAGUCGAAAAUUGCAGCUUUUUAAACACACACCGCGGCAGUAUUUUUUGUUCGGUUGAGAAAUAAUUUUCGUAUCCACUGAUUUGAACGGUUGCAUUGUUAUAACACAAGAUGUUAUUUUCUAGCGAUGAAAUAGACACUCGCCUCGAUCAUAGAUCCACUAAAAUUCUUAUAGAAAUUGUACUGAAGUUGCACGGAGAAGCUUAUUGCAAAAAAAAAGGAUAAAAUAGGAGCACCCAUUCGCAGUAAUAUUUGCAAUGUAAGAAAUAAACACUGCAGUGAAAAUUAAAAGAACGAAAUUCAGAAAUUUGCAUACAAGUCACACUGUUGAUUAAAAAAAUUGACACAAAAAUAGAUGAAAACGUAUUUGAUCGUAUUGACGGAAUAUUUCGUUAAAAUUAUUUAUUCUAAGUUCUCUAAAACACUCUGCUAUACAAAAACUAUGCAAUAAAACUGACCACUUUGUUAAAAAAGGCCAUCCCAGUGUCUUGUCAGUAUUGAUUUAAGGUUGUAUUUAAUUUUUAGUGUUUAGCGCGCUUGAAAUUCGAAAUUAUGGUCUGGCUGACGCUUUUUAGCAGCUUAUUUUUCGGGAUUUUGUCUACAUAUUUUUUAUGUAUUUAUAUGUAUUUUCACAUAAUUUGUACCUGUUUUAUUGAUACCAGUUGAGACUUAUCUUAACAAAAUUGAUUUCGUACCAAAAAUUAUGAUUUUUGGUGGGUAUUAAGUUAUUUCGCUUUAACAAGUCUUUUCUGUUUUUGCAAUUACGAUACCCACCUUUUGCAAAUAAGAACGGCAAUGGUAUUGUACAGAGAAUAGCCUCUAGCAAGCCCCCCUCCCCCUCCCCCUUACCCCAAACCAACACCACUCUCCUCAGCUGCUCUUUUGUUUUCUCGAAACUAGCCUUAAUACAAGUAACUGACGUUAGAUUGAAUUUCUGUGGAUUUAGGGAAAUCGUUUUGAGAUGUGUGUUAAUUGUAACGGAGAAAUCUAUGUGCACCAGUUAUUUAUUGAUAACGUCUUGAGGAUGAUUUGGCAAAUAAGGGAAGCUUUUUAGCCCGCUGGGCUUGCGUCGGUAGUGAGAAUUUAAGGCAUAUUGGUUAGAUCCUUCCAAGCCAUCGCUACAAACGAGGAAAUGUAAGGAAAAAACGGUUUGUCGCAAUUGCCGCUGUCUGAGAUUUUCCAAUUGGAAGAAAAUCUCUCUUUUGUUCUCUCCGUGGUCAGGAAAUUUUGCACAAAGCCAAGCGACUUGCUGUUGUUGUUGUUGUUGUUGUUGUUGUUGGUGUUGGUGUUGGUCCAACGAGAUGCAACCCCAAUGCGUUGUGUCGCACAGAAAACAUCAAAACGGAAAUAUACUGUCUCCAAUGAGAUGUUUCCUUGAAUCUCUGUCGUUUAAGCCCAAUAUCAGUAGUUAUAUUCUCCACACUGUUUGCUUUCUUUUCUUAUACUACUAUUGUCGAGAAUUUGUGGAAAUAUCGGGACAUGCUUAAGUAUAUAAUUUCCGAGCAGUUACCUCCCUCUUCGAUCUCUGUACCAGGUUUAAGCCUUACCGUCUUCUAGUUUCUUUGCUCCUGUUUGUUGUCUCUCCUCGCCCAGGUGUGAAAUCGAGAAUGACGCGAGACACCUCUGGGAAUAGCCCUGUGAUGGACUGGUACCCUGUCCUAAAGCGGGCAGUUGCCGUACUCCGAGAUGCCCGGCGCGGGUUUAAGGCUCCGGCCUUGUGGGCUCAUGGGCACGUGUGCACCUUUACUUCUUAGCGAUCAUUUCAUUAAUUCUCUACUUGUGUCUGAUACCUUUGCUGAUAGGGAGAAACUAGAGGUUGGUCCAUUAUUUUUGCCGAUGCCGACGAAAUCCUUAGCGUGACCAUGCAAACGAAACGUCUUCUGCAAUAAUUUGGCCUUGUGUCGGACGAAAUUUUUGUGAAUUUUGAGGUUAAACAGUUAAUUGUGGAACUUCAUGCAUGAGUACAGUAAGACGUCGGGGUGGACACUAGAGGGACAGAGCCAACUGUCCGCAUGAGAGAGGUGUCCGUAUUUCUCUAUAGAGGGGCACUAUAUGAUGAGUGGUCAGCUUCACUGUACCCUGGGUACCAGAGGUUUUUUCUCGCGUGCGACGGGGAGCUUCGUUUCGUCGGCCAAAGGCCGAAGACACGAGCGGCGAAGCGGGUCACUUUUAAAAGACUUGACCGAAACUGGAAACCGCGCAUGAAAAGCCUCUGGCACCCAGGGUAGCUUCACUGCAGAACCGUACUCAUUACACGAUUGUCCAUUUUGCAAAGGUGCUCUUAAGGAGAAGCUUAUUUGUAUAUUCAGACAGUGUAAUCACUGUAGACUAAUUUCUGAGACUGAAGAGCUGGACCAGAAACAUUUCUAACCCAUCGAAUAAAUGGCACCCGAAGCAUUGCCGGAAUAUUGUCACUUAGUGGCUAUCCGCUCUAGCAGGUGAUAUUUAUUUACUUUGCAAAUGGCUUGGGCUAAAAGCAGUUUACAAGCGCAGAUGCCGCUGUGAAAUCCUAUGUAAUUUUGUCAAAGCUAUGUCAACCUGUUAGAACACUGUCGUCCCUCUCAGGAGCUUAACCUAUUUUAGUAAACGGAACGUCGAAAAGAGAAAAAAGAUCAAGAUAAACAGGUGUCGAUCAGUCAAUUUUAAACGAGGCUCUGGCUUGAUUUUCUCAGGAGAAUUUAGGACUUCAAUUCUUCUGUGAUUGUCUUUGCAAAAAAAAAGGACUCAGAUACGGGCAAAUUUCGCAGAUUUGGUUCUAAUUUUAAGGCAAGCAAUUUCUGUCAUACUAUUGUUCAAGAGCCCUCAGGGUGACUAAUACCGAUUCACGGCAUGGUUUGCUCUCUCUGUCUCCUUUCAUUGGAAUAAAAACCCACGAAGCAUUUGGGGUAAAAGUACAAGAUUUCAAGUUAAAGCGAAUGAUAGCUUAUCAAUUUUGAUUUUUGUGAAAAAAAGGAUAUUUUAUCUGGAAUUGAAAACUUGCAGAAUCAUCGCAGUUUGUCCAUUAGUUACCUAGAAAGAAAAUCAGGUGAAACGUUAUACUAACUCCUUCUUAAUAUCCCAAGACUUUAUCCAGUCGUAACCUCAUCGUGUUCCGCUGUCCUUGACAACAGAUCGUUUAAAUCAUUUUACUAUUAGAAGCUUCUAACAAUGAGCGACCUUUCAGGCGACCAAAAAGCUGAACGUUAACUUUGUGUGAAAAUUUUAAGGCUGUAAAAAAUCGAAAAGCAUUAUUCGUUCAAUUGAUAUCUUGAGCUCAGCACUACUCAUAAGCGAAACACAAUUUUUUGGUCGCAAUUUUUGAUUGUCAAUCGAGAGAAUACUUCUUGAUGAACACACAAUAUAAUGAUAUUCGUUUACUGCAUGUUCCCUUUUAGUCAUUGACCGUUGAUGGAGAAAUUUGGUACGUUUGGAUGCGGGGUUUCAAGUCGACUGUCGUUAAUUUUUAUUUUAGUAUUUUUUCAGGUCAUGAAACGUUCAGAGUUUCUUGUGAUAUACACUCGCUCGGCUGUUUUACCAUUUGCUGGUAAUUCUUUAGGCAUCAAUAAUGGAUGAAAAAAAAUUAUUUUUGCCUUCCUUUCGGUGACGUCGUCUUCCUUUUAAUUCUGCAGACAACAUGUUUCGCUUUUUACAUGCGUUUGGUCUUUAUUAAGAAAAUGCAUUAACGACAUUGAUGAGUCACCAUAGUCGCAUUUAUCGCUGGAUUGAUAUUUGCACGUCGUUGGCAACUUUAAUUGAAACUCAGCGCGAGUCGAUUGUGGGAGAAUACAUUAGGCUGUACUUAAGACAUUGCAUUGUCUUGUUAAUCCAACCGGGUUAUUGGGCAAAAAUGUGUCCAUCUCGUCUGUAGUGGUUAAUUGUCUGAUAAGAUGCGAGCCUUUGUAAUACCUAGUCGCCGUUUCUGCCAGGUGCAGGUUUUAAUGCAGAUGUUUUAAUUUCACACGCUUCCCAACGACGUGUAAUUUCUCGAAAGAUCGAAAAUAAGGAUAACACGCCUUAAAACAAGAGAAUACCACGUUCGUCCUUGAAGAACAAAUAUUAAAAUAUGAAAGGACGAACGCAGAGUAUUGAAUGGUUAACGUUCAGAUUUCACUUUGUGAUCCACCUACCAAGUGUUUAGUUUUUUAGAUAAAACGAGAGAAGAUAGUUCAUUGUGGCGGGUCGUCUUUUCUAAUUAUAAGUAAUUUUGUUUUGUAAUAACUUUGUAAUGAGCGUCCGCCCCCUCCCUUACCCAAGCAAACCCAUUCUCGCAUUUUCGAUCAGCCAGUGACAAUUGUUUUCCUUGCGCUUCGACUGGUUUCUGCAAUAAUUUGGCUGUUCAUAAGGAUGUGGUCAAAUCAAUUUUCGGUCCGAACAUUUUAGAAUUAAUAUUCAUAAUUUGGUAAGUGGAAAAUAAAAGGCAAACUUCCAAGACAUUCGAAUACAAUACACUUGUUUCAUGAUUGUCUGAAUUCAAGAUUUCAAUGCUUACGUAACUAGAUAUUAAGUAGCCUUUAGUUGACUAACAUUCUCUUGUUUCCGUGUGUGUUGCGUUCGGUCUGAACAGACUUCGCGGAGCUUAGUUCAGUUAAUUCAGUUUCUAUUUAGACUUAGAAAAUGCACUUAAAAUCAUUGUUUCAAUUCAUAACUAACGAAAUAUUUCCUCCCAUAAUGCGAAAAAACUUUCAUUUUAACUCUCUUGAGAAAGGCCUCUAGUGGUGGCGCCAGUGGGUAGCUAUGGCCGGGUAAAGAAAAUUAGCCACUUCUUAAGCGUCAUCAGUAUAAGGAAGUACCUUUUAUAGCCAAAAUAUGCAAAUCUUUAUGACUUCCCUCAGCAGUCUUCAUUUGAAAGACUACAUUUUACUAUUAAAUCCACGGACUUAAAGUUAGAACCACCAUUUACAUAAUAACAUUUUACAACGUUACGGUGGCUCUGAAAUAUAAGAGCCCAACUAAUGUAUAUCUCUUUUCCUUAUCUUGUCACGCACCAAAACAUGGUUUUCAAAACCAUCGCCAUUGUGACAAUGCCGGCGAUGCUCAUCAUGUCCUAUAAAUUAUCUUAUCUGGGUAAAUGGUUCUAAAUUUUAGAGUCUCUUUGUGCUCCCUUUUUAAAGGUUUACCCAGAUGUAUAAAUGGGUACCGGCGACAACUGCUGGGGGUAACCCCUCGAUGGACUAACACCCCGUCCAGGGAGGAGUAGUAAUACUCCUAGGCAUGCAUCAUUUUAAGGAAACCGGGCUAAGCUCCGGCAGUUUUGGCCUUUACCUUACCUUAACGUGAGCGAAAUAGGUUCUGACUGUACAAUUUGAGUCUGUGGUAGACUUGGCUACAAGUGGAAUGCCUUUGUCUCCAUAAUUACAGGUGGCCCAUUAGUUUACAUAGGUGUGGCCCACAGACAAGGUCAGACACUAAAAAUUAAGGCUACCUAGUACACACGGCACUGAACGAAUUUUCGACCGGCUGACACUGACUCAGCCACGCUGUUUCCAAAAAGGGACGUAGGGCCUGUUUACAUGGAUGUGGGGGGCCCCAGGAAGAUGAGGUAACCCGCUUAGGUGGGGUAGCUUGCCUCUGUAUAUAAUCUCCCAUUUUAAUUUGAUCACGUUUACAUGAUAGGUGGGGUGACCCGCCGCAUCUUACCUCACCUAUCUGGGGUCUCCCAUCUCCAUGUAACCAGGGGCCCGUUUCUCGAAAGUCCCGGUAACUUUACGGGCCCGAAAUCAAAUAUUCAAAUCGAAAUAUAAAGAAUAAGAGCGCGGGUCCUGGCUAGCAAACUACUCCAUUUUGUUUCAUUAACUGACAGUUUUAUCGUGUUAGAUGCAAAGCUAUUGAAAUUUCGAUCUUUAAUGCAAACGGAGACCGCUUACCGGGCCCGUUAAUUAUCGCACCUGCCUGAAAAGUUCUAAAAAUUACGCACGCGUACGCACCUGCUGAAAAGUCAAAAAUUAAUCAAAGCAAAGGGCAAAGUAUGGUCAAGAAUGGUUAAACAGGCUGGAAAAAACGAACCGCUGAAUAAAGGGCAAACACUUAUGUAACCCUGUUCUAACUGCUGUUUGAAAAAAAAAAAAAAGAAAACAACUACUUUGAGCCCAUGUCUUAUCACGCGUGCUGGUUCAUGAAACCAGGGAUGUACAGGUCGUAAAAAACCCUGAAAGUCAGGAAAUUUACGAAUUUCAUUUUCCAGGCCAGGAAAGUCAUGGAAAAUUAGAGCUGUGUUUGUUAGAUUAAUCACUGAAGAUGUCAAAGCAAGAAAAAUAUGGCAAAGACAUGUCAUUAGACAGAUUAUUUAUUUGUUGAACUGAGUUCUGUAAAAAAAAUACCUUCGUUUAGCUGUCGCUUUCGAAAAGUUUGCAGAGGAUUGUUUUGAAACUUUUCGAAAGCGACAGCUAAACAUAAGAAGGUCAUGCAUAACUGGUGAAGGUCAUGGAAAAAGUCAUAGAAAAUCAUGGAAUUUAAGAGCUCACAAGAGAACGAACCCUGUGAAACGUUUUUCCGCUUUCGUUACGCUAAAGCAAAACGGACGCCUUUUUUGCUGGGAGAGGGAUAGCAAAGGAUAAUCGCCUCCGAACUGUAGCCAAUCAGAUAGCGCGAAAAGCACUACAAUCGAACCUCCAAGUACGACCACCUCUUGUACGCGACCACCUAUGCAAAACACCAAAACUUUCCCAGUUUAAGUCUUACAGUUGGAACCUCUUGUAAACGACUACCUCCUGUAAGCGACGGCGACCACUAUUUGGAGGCUACGAGGAGUCCCCAUUUUAUUUUCACGCGCGCUUGCGUUUCGCACGCUCUACUAUCCUUGACGACAGAUGGGGGACUAUUCGUAGUCUAUAUUGUUUUCAACCUCUUGUUAGCGACCACUUGAUGAGUUUUCCGCUCUCUUAUGGUCUCUGUGUGAACUAUCCUACUUAGAAUAUGCGAAGAACUUUUAAUAGUAACAACAUGGAACUGCACAUAUCGCAACUUGGAAUUACAUGCAAUAAAUUCUCUUCCUUAAAGAAGAUGUGACCGGACUUCCUCUCGGAAGAAAUCCCCCGUGGUUCGAUUCUCGUAUAAAACGACCACUAAGUCUUUGCAUUUUGGGUGGUCGCUUACGGACGGUUCGAUGGUAUUCACUAGUUUGGUAUAUAAACAUAGCUUUAUUGUAAUUUUUCUCUUAUUUUAUCUUUAUUCUGUGGUCACGACUUUAUUUUCGCCAUGGCAGAAAACCUUAAGUAGCAAUUUAAAAAUAACGCAAACGCAUUUUAGUUGUGUUUUGCUGCUUUAAUUAUACGACUUGAGCCGUGGAUGAAACAAAACCACAACACAGCUGAAUUGUCAUAACGACACGUUAACAGUCGUGGCAUCAAAUAUUAUUUGCUUGUUAAAUUUAUUUGUGAUAAUAUGUUGCGGAGAUAAAGCGUUGAACUUUGUUUCGUCAACGAUCCUGACAUAUUAUCAUUUACGCACAACCGGUGUCAGUCGAAAGCAUUGUCAUUGUCGAAAGUGAUGUUACUUCAAAGCACGUUCUCCAGACCAGAUGCUAAAAAUUGAAAACGUGGGAUAAUUAAUUGAUGUACAUUAACACAAAUUAUAAGGAACAUGGAAAGAAAUUAAUAAAUUACUCUGAAGAAGGAAGCGCUCAGUUUGCAUUUUAGUCCCUUUCGUUUCUGGGUCAGUCCAUUCCCAGGUGGUAGCAGAUUUCUGAGUCUAUGGACAAAAUCUAAUGAUGUGUGCGUUGAAAUGAAACUCUUCUUCAGCCACUUAUAUUGUAAAAUGGUUUUGUAUGCUUAUUAGUUCUAACGUUUGAGUCGGUGGAUGAAACCUUGGUGUGACCUUUCAAAUGAAACCUUUCUAGCCGCUAUUUUACUCCAUGGUACGUUUUAUUAGGUCAGGGGCACCCAACGAGAAUAUAGUUCAAAACCACUUAAACAUAGAAUUGUUUAACGUAUUUUAGUAUUUAAACGGUAGAUAUAGGCAUAUUUUUAUCCCCUAAAAAUUUUUCAUCUGUUCGGAUUUCUUAGCUGAAAGUCAAGUGAUCCGAAAAUUAUAGGGAUCAAAACUUACUUUUUCGAAAAUUUUAGCGAGAAAAAAGGCUCCCGAAAAUUCUAGGUGGCCUUUUUAGGGUAAAAAUCCGUUAAAAAAAAGGCGAUUAUACCAUUUUUUUAGAUGUCCGAAAAUCCUAGGAGAGGCAGGCAAGCAAGAAAUUUUACAACAAAUGUUCCGAAAAUUCUAGAUCUCAAAUCGUCUUCCGAACAGAUAUUUUUUCGAAAAUUGUCGUUGGGUGCCCCUGUUAGGUAUGUGGUUCUGUCUCUUUGAAAUCACUAUGCAAAGUCCUACGAUAUGAAAAUGCAUUCAAAUAAAAUAUCUUUGGGAGGACAUUCACAUAACACUAUUCAUUAAGUAUGUUGUUCGCCUUUGGAGUCUGUGGAUGAAAUCCUGUAGUGUUAUUGUUCAAAUGAAACUUCUUCCGCAGUACUUUCACAUGGAAAUAUUUCUUUUCCUUGACAGUAAGAAAUUUUAAGUUUUCCUAGAAUUUUGCCUUUAGGAAUGAAAGGAACACUUAAUCAUGCUGACUUUGCAACUUGUUACACCUGCUUUCUGCUCGCGUGUUCAUGACGUCCCAAAUUUUCCAUUUAAUUUAAGAGUGUUUGUUCAACUUAGCCCGACGCACGUAAACCAACUUUUUAAUUAACGAAAGUACGUCAUAGCUUUCAUCAAUAGUCUCCAUUACCCUUGGCCGGAGGGAAAUUCUGCUUUUCCUGAAUUUCGAAAAAACUGUCAAAGGUCGUUGCUAUACGUGUUAGGUGUCAUAUAAUACUAUGAUCGUUGUUUGCUAGCUGUCAUUUUUUAAUGAUUAGCCUCGGAAUUAUUUGCAGUUUUUGCCCGGGGGUACUCCUGGGAAUUCUUGGUGGGGAUGUGCUGCCCGAUUCUCCAAUUCCUGACCCUAUUUCUGAGCAAAAAAUGUGAGUCAUUUUUCACAUCUGUUUUCAGACUUGGCUUAAAAGAUUUCUUUAAAAUCCAUUUCGAAUACGCCGAUUUCUCUUUCCUUCUUACUCAUUUGGGAUUGAAACGAUACAUAUGUUCAUACACUCUCGUGGUUCCCUCGAAAACCAUACCCGAUCCCAGACCAAAAUGGGCAAAGAGGGUGCAAAAAAACGGUGCAAAAUACCUACCCUUUGGGGCGGCACAUACCUAUAUGGGUUAUAUAAGGAAGUAGCCCCCCGGGAGCUUCAAUUUGUCAUUCUUAGUAAUUAAAAGCGAACGUCACAAGGACUUUCCCUCCCGAAGAUACAUUUAUGGUCCUUAUCUAUAGUUACUAUACGUCUAUGCUGCUAUUCUUGCUAGUGUUAAAAGUAAUUGCCAAGAUGUUGAUGACACUUCAACUUGUUUUCAAUAAAAAUGUUGGUCAUGCGGCCCGCUGCCAUCUUGAAAUAUGAUGUUGGAACCUCAACUUGUCAUUUUUUUGGAUGGCGAGCAGAGUUUUGACGGUUUUCAAGUGCUGUAUUCUUGUCACAAUUGAAAAUAUGAAAACAAGUUUUUUUGCACGUUUCGGAGGACAAGUGUUUACGUCAAAUGUUUACUUGUGUUAAAAGCUUAAACAAAAAGAUCAUGUAGUUUAGCUCGUACAUUGACCACGAUGCGUUUCGGACUGGUCAAGUUGUACAAAGUUAAAAUUAAAAUCGUAGUCGCCUUGAAUGAAAGAAAAUAACCGCCGCGGCUUCCCCCUAACUGGCUGCAAUAAAAACUGCAUUUUCGUGCGGAACAUAUUUGUAAGGGUUGAAACCAAGGCCAGCCACAUAACUUUUAUCUGUUCCCUGCAAAUGUCUAGGCUUUGUAAUGCUAACCCUCAUAAAGUGAACAAAUGCUGUCUAUACAGACCAAUCAAUGGGCCAUUUGGCAUCAUUUAUAUUCUACUGAAAACUCAAAAAUGCUUAAGGGUUUUUUUUCCUGUGCAGCAAGUUAAGUGUCAUUUAUUGUUGCUUACGAUGUACUAUAUUUGAAAACGUGACAUUCAUCUGUAUCGCUCUUUGAAAAGGCUAGCGCUCCAAACAUUACCUUUUAGAUCUUUUUACGUUGAAUAGGAAUUUAUUUAUGGACUCACAUGAUAAAACGAAAACUUUGCUUUACUAAAGCAUAAUUUCUCCCUCCGAUGCAUUAUCAAGGCAGCCUUUUUAUCAUUCGAAACCAAUUUUUCUUCCUUUUCAUUUCCCGAGAGCCCACCACUUGACCUACAAAUAAUGGUCUGCUCAUGCGCAAUGUCGUCCAACUGUGUUUGGCUGCAAAUAAUAAUCUGCUCAUACGAAGAGAAAGCACGCUUUUCUUCUUGCGAUCGCCCUUGCGUGAAAAUGGCUGAUCGCUUCGCUUCCUCAGGAUAUCACUAAAAAACAAACUCGGUGAUCGAAUGAUAAAACAAUUAUUGAACUCGGUUAUCGCAAAAUAUCGUGAUUUGUCGGUGUCUCGCAGAUCAAUUAUUUACCUCAGCCGAUCUGCUUGCCAGUGACAAAUCACGUUAUUUUGUUCAACCUCGUCCAAUAAUUGUUAAUUAUUCAUUUCGGGAACAAUUACAACGAUCUCAAUGUACAAUAAAGGUGGUUCCAACGCGCUGUUCCUUUCGGCAGAGAAUUUUUUUAAUUCCAAUAAGAUUACCAGCAUUAUAAACGAAACCAGUACUGAACGACCCAUGUUUAGCCUGGGAAACACCCCACAUUUCGCAACGCCAUCCCUGAUUUGCCCGCGAAAUGACAUCUGAGAAACCAGCGCAGAAAUUCCAUACUGAUGACGUGUCACUACCCAGAUCUGGGCAGUGCUUCUGAUUGGUUGAAAAUCCAUCCAAUCAGAACUACAACCAGGAUCUGGGUAGUGACGUGUCAUCAGUAUGGGCGGAAUUUCUGCGCUCGUUUCUCUGACAUCAUUUAGCGGCGAAACUAGUGGUGGCGUCGCCAAGUGUCAGCUGUUUUCUCAGGCUAACCCGUACAAUGUUUUCUUGUUGUUUGUGGUGGUUUUUAACGGUCAGAAAUAUAAACGCACCAAUGACUGAUUGCGAGUCUUCAUAGCCAAUAACAUCACGGCUUAACUGACAGACGAACAAUAACAUCGCGACGUAAUUGACCAAUCAGAUCAAUAACCAGAGUAUAUAUAAUACCAUCAACUGACGCGAUACAACUCACUUUGACUCUGGAGAUGACUACCGCACAGGUUGUCGAAAUGUCAGUCACUGUUAACAACAACAGUCCCUAUUCAGGACAUACGUUCACCCGGACAAUCAAACUCAACCUACUUUUGAAAUGACUCCUGGGUUCAAACCUUCCACGGUCAGAAAUAUGUACGUUAACACAAAUUGAUACUUAGAAACGAGAAGGGAAUAAGAACCGAAAUGCGUCCCGCAGUGGUUUAUGGGAUCGUUAAUGGAGACGCGCCGGUCAGCUAUUGGCCAUUUUUUUCCUGCCCCUAGAAACAAUCCUAAAAGUCUUUGCGAAAUAGUUGAGCCGGCCCAGGUUUCCUCUCGUUUCUAAGUGCCGAAAUAUGACAGAUUUAUUUUAUUUAUUUGUUUAUCUUUUUUUCGCAUAAUUUCUUUACAGACUUUUUAUUGGAAACUUGGCUGGACCUGAUAUGAUUUAUCUGCUGGAGUUCUUUCGAGUUCAGCUCAGCGUUUCUGUUCUUCUAGGGCUUGUAUUUGUACCAAAGGUAUGUUCCACCGCGCAGGUCUAUUAGAAUCCAUAUACCGUGAAUCCCCCAUUGUGCCCCUCUCUCUCUAAUAAGCCCCCACCUUUUUCAGGGGAAGAAUGUUAGAAAGCAACCCCCCGCUCCUCCCCCUUCUCUCUUUAUGUCUCCCCUCCCCUCCCCUCCCCUUAUAUUCUUAAAUGAUAGACUGUUUUGGGACACCAAUAGAAGGGACGUGACGUCACUUGAUCAUAAAUUGUGACGGAAUAAAUUUAUGCCUCGUUUUUAUUGGUCAGUAAAAUCAAAAUGAUGGAUAUCUAUUGAACGUUGUGUACCGUCAAGUCCAUAAAAAAAAUAUAAAAAAGGGAAUCUAACAGGCGUCAUAUCCAUUCCACUUUAUUAACUAUAAUCACACGUUAACCCCUAAAUCACCCUGGCUGGGCUUGUGAAUGAAAACGCUUUAUAUAUCCGAGUUUGGAGUUUUAAGCCUUACGUUAUUCUUUCUCUGCUGUUGUUCAGAUAGUUCGUGUCGUUAAGGGCCGCGGUGAUGUGUUUGAUACAAGUGGUCGGAUUGCGUCCGUGAAAGGGGCCGCUCUAAGUAUGCCACCAGGUGGGACCUCAGAAGGAACUGUGAACUUGGGCCAAGAAAACGAAGAUCUUAAGGUUUGUUCUCCUUGUUAUCCAUGCAGCGUGCACAGAAAGUCGUGUCCGAUAGCCCGGGGCUAGUGGAUUUUGGUACUGGGCUAGUGAAUACUGUUCAAGUUAACUAGCUCGACGGGCAAGGGAAGUUUUCUGGGGGAGUUCAAAUUAUAGAAGAACUACAAUCAAUCCUUCUCGUCAAAAAUUUGUUUCAGACUAGUGAAAAUGUAAUGACUAUUCGGUUAGUAUCUGCUAGCUACGGGUAAGCUGUAAAACUGACUUGUGCCCUGCCUUAUAGCCCUCGGGGGCGUGAGGAGGGGGGGUACUUGGGUUAAUUUUUACUGUGUAUGUGCCGCUGGCCUCGCACAUCCCGUACCCCAUUAUAGUCUAUUCUGUGGCCAAUUAUUGACCCCACCUAAUAAUAAUAAUAAUAAUAAUAACUAAAAAUUUAUAACGCGCCUUUUCCAUGCAAAUAUGAUUAAAAGCGCCUGACAACACGUAAAUAUUAAAAGCAAAUAAAAACUAAAAUGAGCAAAAUAAUUAAGGCUAAGAAUAAACAACGCUAAAAUUAAAUAAAGAUAAAAAACACUAAAUAUAUUACAUAGUAGGUAAAAAAAUUACAUAUCAAAAGCUAGUCUAAAAAGAUGCGUUUUAAGUAAAGAUUUUAAACGUUCAAAAUUGUCCUCAAGACGGAUGUGAAGGGGCAGAUUGUUCCAUAAAUUAGGGGCAGCAGAUGACAAAGCACGAUCCCCAAAGUAUUUUUCAGUUUUAAACGAGGAUACUUUAAGAUAAGACCGCUAGCUGAACGGAGGUUAUAGCGCGGCUGUUCUUUAAUAGCAAUCAAAUCGAUCAAGUAACCAGGCGCAUGACCGUAGAUAGCUUUAAAAGUGAAAAGAAGUAUUUUAAAAUCAAUACGAAAUUUGACAGGAAGCCAAUGUAACUAACAUAGUACUGGUGUUAUGAGACUGUAGCGAGGGAUAUUAGAUAUAGGCCGAGCAGCUGCAUUCUGCAAGCGUCGCAGUUUAUAAUUAAGUAGAUGAACAGAGGGUAAACCAAAUAGAAGGCUGUUGCAGUAAUCUAUACGACCAAUGUUAAAAGCAUGGACCAAAGUUCGUGCAGACUCCUGGGACAGAUAUUUUCGGAUACGCCGAAUAUUGUAUAAAUGGGAAAACCCAGAUUUACAAGUUUUGUGGAUCUGUUCCUGGAGAUUCAAGUUAGAAUCGAACCAUGUCCCUAAAUUUCUUGCCACAGUGACAGGAACAACGUCAAUGCUUCCUACGGUAAGGCAAUAAAUAUUUACUUUGGAAAGUUGUUGUUUUGUACCAAUCAACAUGAACUCAGUUUUGUCAUCAUUAAGUUUGAGCUUAUCUGUAAGCAUCCACGUACGAAUGUCCGAUAUACAGCGUUCCAUGGCAAUGACCCCAUCAGUCUGAUUAGUAACCGUGUCAGAACUAAAUGACAGGUAAAGCUGAGUGUCAUCAGCAUAGGCAUGUGCUUCAGGUAGAUGGUAUUUGAUGACUUCAAACAGUUUGCUGGAAUAAAUGGUAAACAGCAAUGGCCCCAGACACGAUCCUUGAGGAACACCAUAGGGAAGCUUAAAACUGUCAGAUGUAAAGCCAUUUAGCGAGACUCGUUGCGACCUGUUGUUAAGAUAAGACAUAAACCAAUUAAGGGCGGUGCCAUUAAUGCCGAUACUUGACUUAAGACGAGCAAGCAGGAUAUUGUGGUCAACAGUGUCAAUCGCUGCGCUCAAAUCUAGGAGAAGUAGAAGAGUUACAUGCUUGCAAUUCAUAUUCAUGAGAAUGUCAUUUUGUACCUUCCGUAGCGCUGUUUCUGUGCUGUGACCCUUUCGGUAAGCGGAUUGCGAGGUUGGAUAACGGGAGAAUCGACUCAUAUGACUGUGAAUUUGGUCGAAAACAGCGCGCUCUGUCAAUUUUGAUAAAGUCCAAGUUACUGACAGGGCGAAGGUUAUUCAACUGCGUCGGGUCUAAGCCAGGUUUCUUAAGGAUCGAAGUAACCGGAGCUUCUUUCCACUCCUCAGAGAAAUGGCCGCAUGAUAGCGAAAGAUUUAUAAUUCGUGAAAUAACAGGCAACAGCACGUCAAGGCAGCCAACAACCAGAGAAGCUGGCAUGGGGUCCAACGGGCAAGACUUCUUUGCAGACUUACGGAUGAGAGAACAGACGUCGUUUUCCGAGAGUGGUUGAAAGAAAUGAAAAGCAUGCGCAUCAUCUACUUCCUGAUCAGGAGGUAGCGCAUUGCGCGCGCUUGGAUCGAUGUCUACGGCACCAAUAUCAAAACGAAUUCUAUCUAUCUUUCGAACGAAAAAACCGCCGAUGUCAUUGGCUAAUUUGAUUUGUCCUGAUAAUUAGGAAACGAAAACUCCUCUUUCUUAGCAAAGAGUUGUUUGGUAGCUCUGAAUAAUCUUUUAUGGUCUGUGCUAUUCUCAUCAAUAAAGUUAGUGUAAAAUGCCUGCCUGGCCUGGUUCAUGAGGUACGUCACGCGGUUUCUGUAAGACUUGAAAAUAUUCAAGUCAGACACAGAUCUCGUUCUCCUCCAGGUUCUCUCAGCCUUACGUCUCAAGCGUUUAGAGGCCUUUAUCUCGUCGUUGUACCAAGGCACUGCAGGUCUAACUUUCGAAGUCUUAGUCUUAAGUGGGGCGUGACAAUCAAUGACUUUGGGAAGUGUAGUGUUGUAUCUGCGUACAACAGCAUCCAGGUCACGUGCAUCUUCUGAGUGAAGAUGCACUUGCCGAUCCGGUGGAUCACUGCAUAACAAGGAGUCAGAUAAGUCCCGCUUAAGAGAUUAAAGAUCGACGGAUUUCAGCUUUCUGUAGACAAAGUUCUUAGUAGUCAUGCAAGGUCUGUUGGGCUGAAGUGUACAAUAAACAGAUGCGUGGUCAGAGAUAGAGCGAUCAACUACAGGGACCUUAUUUAAGAUGUCAUCGCUAGAACGGGUGAUAACGAGAUCACUUUUGGGCAAAUAUGUAAUUUUCGCCAUCCCAACUUAGUCACUUUCUAUAUUUGUGAAUUGACCCAAUUUUUACAUGGACUGAAGAACACUUUACUUUUCAUCUACCAUACAAACAUUCUAGUACGUUUUUACUGUCUAACCCAAAAAAUCAGAAAAUGUGCGACCCCAUUCUAGUAACUCUCUUGAAAAUGUGACCCCAUCCAGCGGUACAUCUCCAUUAGCCCAUUAGUUUCUUGUAAGAAAGUAGACGAGUUAACCAGAGUUUAGUUUCGUCUGUCCUUCUACGUUGAUCUGUAUACUGUAUUGAAACUUAGAAAUCUCUAAAUCGGAAAAAAAAACCCUACCGUAUAUUGAAUAUUUUUUGUUAUCAAAGAGUAAAAUGUAUUUGUAAAAGGUGACUGGGUGGGGGACUCCUUUUUCAGUUCUUUAUUUACUGGAUCGAAUCAUGUAAUAAUGAAACCAUAAAAUAAGAAAUAUGUAUCGAUAGCUUUCUAAAGUCCAGUCAGUCGCCAUUCACAAAAAACUUAACAGUUUAAAAAUAAUGAAAGUGAAUAUGAUCUUCGCAGUAGAAUGAACAGCCUAUAAAUAAUCAUGGUAAUAGGACUGAGUGGAGUCUAAUUCGGUCUAUUAUUAUACAUUGUACUCUGUUGUACUCAUUGUACUCAUUGUAUUCAUCUGUCUUCUCAUUGGCUAAGAGACUACAGCUAAUUUUGGAAAUCAGGGCAACCUACAGAUAAGUUAGUUAUCUGCUAGUCUGUAGGUUGCGCGCGCAAUGCAUGAUUUCUAAUAACAAUAUUAAUUCAGGUUCCUUGCGACGAUCAUUCUCGACCCCAGUGCUUACGGGUUUGGGAAUGCGCGCGUAAGCUCUGGGAAACUCUGCGCCGGAGUAGCCAAAAUCUGACUAUUUUGGCCUCACAGCGCAUGCUCUUUGAUCCAACCAAGCUCAACCAAAACUUUUUGCUUCUUUUAUAUCUACUUCAUCUCGAAAGUAGUGUGCUGCUUCGGUAUUAGAACUGAAGAAAUACAGUUAAUACAGUUACAGAAUUUUCAGGUAACCAGGGCUCUUGUCGUAGCUGCUGGAAAAAUACCGUUAAACAUUCCCAAUCACAGAUUUGAGACUUGAAGUUUGCAUAUGCUUGACAGUUGAUUAAACAUUUGUGUGGACUUCUUCACGAGGUAGUAAGUGAAACCCGAAUGGCUUGUCAAAAAUGCGAUAUCGUGGAAAAAGAGGACAACUAUAAAUAUCUAGUCGCAUUGUACACGUAUCACUUUAGGGAACGAUUUACUUUUUGUGUUUUGUGUUCUGUAUAUGGGCAAUUUACGAGAAGAAGCUCAAGUUUUCAUUCAUACUCGUCUAUUUCGUGUGAUUACGAUAACGUGGAAGUCAAAGAAAAAUCAGUUAUGUGUCAUGCUUCUUAAAUUAUAGCUGGCAAAGAUGUCAGUGUAUUUUUAUUUUAUUUUUUCACAUUCAAAUCUUUUUUCUGGUUCAACUUUCGAUAUGUAGCUAAGCUAUUUUCAAGAGAUUUGAAAAUUGGAAAAUCCAGUAAUUCUGCCUAAUUAGUCGUGAAAAUGUUGUUUUGGAAUGGCUGAAAUCAAUAAUCGGCCGGUCGUGUUUACUUCAACAUUUCUAGGGAAGACCCCGCUCACACGCCGGACACGCAGCACGUUCAACCGCUCUCGUGCAAACUUGAAUGGACCAAUCAGAAACACUUUUUUUUUUGCUGAAACCAAUCAGAGACAAUCCUGCUCCAGGGUUCCCCAGAGAUCUUGAUCUCUCUCCUCUACAUGCGCAGAAGAGCUCUGGGUCGAGAUUGUGCGACGAUGUGUCUUAAAAACAAUGUAUAACAAAACAAUUAUGAGAUUCGGUUUUUGUGAUAUCCUAAAUAAUCAAGGUCUCGGUAAGUGUUAUCAGCCUCGGCCUUCGGCUCGGCUGAUAACACAGUACCUCGACCUUGAUUAUUCCGGACAUCACAAAAACCUCAUCCAAUAAUUGUUUACAAUCAACAAAAUUAUCUGAUUUGUUUAAUCACGAGUAUGAUAAGCGGCUGAAAAGGGACCUGAAAAAAUUCAGCCUUGACCGGGAAUCCGGCAAACCCUGACCUUCGCGAUGACCGGACGCCAAAAAAAAAUUGAUGAACUUUUCUGUGAAUUUUCCAUUAAAAACCUAAAAGAAAACGCUUUGUAAUACUAAAGUUUACCUAUUACGUAUUACGAAAGUGAGGUCGCUACAGACUAAUCUCAGACCAUGAGAGGCCGUGACGUAUUAGCCGAGCGAUAGCGAGGUCAAGACAUCAAGGCCGAGGUCUGAGUUUUCCCUGUAAUGACCUAACGGACGAGGUUAAUAAGUUAUUUAUUGAGUGACAUUUUCAUUACAGACCUGAGCUUGCGCAAGAUCGGCUAUAACCAACAACUGGUCAGCGGAUAACUUAAAAAACACAUCACCUCAAUGAGUUGUACACUUGAGCCCGCGAUAUAGUCUGGUGACACGGGUCAGCGGUUACCCUUUUUGAUGGCUUUCAAUUGACCACAACAUGGAUGUCCAUAAGGAUUUCCAGCAUAUAAUUAUCAAGUUAAACACAUAUUGAAUAUGCCUUGGACACCUAGCCAGUAAAUCCCGGUCAUUACAAGAAAACAGCCAAUCAGAGCGCGCGUAUUAUUGUAGCCAUAUAGUAAAAGUGCUUUAACAUUUCUGUUUUCCAGGAAGAGAUUCGCAAGUUAUACGGACAGCUUCAGCAAAUGAAAACAGCCAACAUGGAGGCGGGAAACAGGCAUCUUGGCCGCUCAUCUUCCCUCCUCUUUGGCGGCUCAACGCCUUCACUUCUAAACUCGUCAAUUCCAAACAAUAACGGUAGCAUGGCUUGCUUGGUUUCCGCUGGGAAGGAAAAACGACAUCAAAGACUUUCUCCCGCAGCUGAACUAGUGAGCGAUUUUGUUUGAUUGGGGAUUUGCUCGAAGCGUUGUUCACUGUUUAUAUUGGAUUACGUACAGUAUUAGGUCGCUUGAAGGAGCUAAUUUGUAUUGCAAGAAAUCACCUCGUCCGACAACGAUGAUGUUAGCGGCAGCAGUCUUCAUUUCAAUGGGCAAUUCGGUUUAUCCGGCAAGAUUGGAAUAUUUUAUAUUGUUGAUUCUUAGUGAUUUUAAACUUUCGUUCUUGGUUCAGUAAAAACCCACACGAGAACCUCUGAUCAUCGGCACAGAUUGAACCGUUUCUUAUUUAUAUGGUGUUUAUUUGGCCAAAUUUCUGUUUGAAGGUUCAGUUAAUCUACAGUUCUUCAUAUUAUUUGUUGCUGUAGUAAUCAUAAUGUGUCUUCCUCAAACGUAGUGCAGUCGCAAAUUUCCCUUUCCUAGACAGUUGUUGUCAUGAACCCUUUCAUUCCCAGAGCGAAUGAGGACGUUUGGCAACGCGGUUUUAACUUUUGAGUCUGUGGCCGAAAUCCUGUGGCAUUUAUAAGCAACCUCUGAUCUUUGGUUUCACGUGUCAAAAAGAAACGACGGGCUCUGGGAAAGAGAGUGGCAAAAGGUGGAUUUGUGGGUUCUGCGCAUGACUGUUGUGGCCUGGACCUGUUGUUGAAGGAGGUUAAAAACGUGAAUAUGACAUCGUUGGAAGUACUUACAAAACUGUUUAAUACAAAAUUUAACAAAAAAAAACAUAAAAAUCUGCCGAACAUCUUCUAAACAAGAAUAGAGAGAUUAAGAUUCAC